GGAGAGGAGGAAGAGGAAGGGGGCGAGCACGGGGGUCAAGGGAAUUCAGGAGGACAAGGACAGAUAGAUCCGAUUCCUCCAGUCAUAGUGGACAAAAACCAGAAGAAUAUUCCACACAGGAUGUCAGAAGAUCUCAUUCAUCAGUGUCAGAGUCCUCCAAUCAGAGUGUGCGUGUGCUUGAUGAUAGCGGGUCAUUUGAAAAUGUACAGGACAGAGGGUACAUGAAUCUGACAAUAACUGCCUCCGGAGAUGGGACAAGGCGUGUGGAAAAAGACUGCUACAGUAGUUUUGUAAACAGUGUUGGUUCUGGUGGUAGGAGACGGGACAAUAAGAAGACAAUGAACAAGAAAAGCAGUUAUGCAAACCAGAUAAGUGACGAUGAAAGGUUUCAGGAUGUGGACAACAUGCAUGCUCAGUACCAAGGAUAUCCUGAAGGUCAGGUCAUGGAGGGACAUCUGGAAGAAGUUCCUUUGAAGAGGAAAGACAAAAGGAAGAAGAAGAAGAAGGAUGGUGGUGAAAGGGAAAGUAAUUUCUUGUAUGCAAAGGACAGUUCACAUUUUGUAGGAGGAGGCUCUUUUGAUCAGAAUCAGGAAUAUGACCGAGAUGCCACUAGCCAUGAUUCUCAAGAACCAAAACCGUCCAGAAAGCAAAAGAAUAAACAAAGGUACCAGAGACAGUCAGAGGCCAGAAGUAAAGUAAGUGAGGACUAUGGCUAUUCGGGCAGUUUCCAGGAGUAUGGAGACCACCGUGAAGGACCCCUGGAUGACCCUGAAGGUCAGAUUGCUGCCCAGCAGUUGCCCAAGGAACAAAAGAGAUCCCACAUUGAGGAGAGUGACAGAGGGCUGUCUGAUUUGGACAGAGGGGUAGCACCAUCACCACAAGGAAGAUCUCACCAGGGGCCAGCUAAUACAAGAGGGGGUUCAAGGGGCAGGGGUGGAGAUAGCAGGAGAGGGAAGAGAGGCAGCAGGAAUGACAGUGGGAGCUAUGAACACAGACAUUAUUCUGGAGAUGGACCGCCGCAUGGACGGACUGAUAGAAUGUCGCCAAGGUCAAAUCAAGGGCAUCAUGGUCAGGGCAAUGUAUUUCAUGGUCAACAUUUCCAAGGUAAAGACCAACAUAGUCAGCAAUAUCAAGGUCACAGCAGAAGAGGUCAUCCUGGAAGGAGGAACCACCCUAAUUUCCAUGCUGGAGCCAUGACAGGCCACCCCCAAAGUUCUAGGAUGGGCCAGAAUGUUCAGCAGCUGGAAAAUGAAAGUCAUGGCAACAGGAAUAGGUCACAUUUGGGUCAAGGUCAAGGUAGAACUGGCAGUUCAGUUGAUGGUCAGCAGACAAGUGAAGGUCGUCAAAAUCAGGGACAGAAGGACAGGAGAAAAUGGACAAAAAAACCAAAGCAGGCCAAGUUUGAACCUCACUUGUCCAAAGAAGAAGUAGCUGAUGGCCUUAAGAGAGGGACAUUGAUAGAGGGGCCGAUCAGAGUAAACCAGAAGAAUUAUUCAGAAGCUUAUGUUCCACUGCCUGAUGGGACAGCUGAUAUCUAUAUUUCUGGUCUGCACAAUCGGAAUCGAGCCCUGAAUGGUGACAUCGUAGCUGUGCAGCUUCUGGACGAACAAGACUGGAAGGUCUAUAUAGCUGACCUUGAAAACCUGGAGGCCAAGGUGAAGCCACAUCAGGGUCAAGGGGAAGGAGAUGUGGCAGGAGGUGAUGGCAGUGAUUCAGGGCCGGAUGUUGUUGUGGAAGAAGUUGUUCAAACCACCAAAGAAGCCAAAGACAGUGAUAGCCACAAGAAGAAGGAUGCUACUCCACACAAGACGUACACAUCACUGAAAGAAGUGAUGACCCAGGGAAGCCCCGUGGCUAAGGCCCUGAUGGGCGGGCCGGGGGACCAGGGAGAUGCUGUUGACAGAGGCAAGUUGCUGCAGAAAACAGGGAAGGUCGUGGCUGUCAUCGAGGCUAAGCACUCCCGUGUGUGUAGUGGCCAUAUCAAAUUGAUGCAGGACCGGAACAGAGAGGUGGCGCUCUUCUCACCGUCAGACUCCAGAGUACCCCGCAUACAGGUGCCCAUGUCAGAUUGUCCCAAAGAUUUUUUUGAGCGUCCUGAUGACCAUGCCAAGACGCUAUUCAUAGCAAGAAUCACAGAUUCAAACCGAUGGGGGGUUGUUCUGGGCAGUCUGGCCAGGUGCCUGGGAGAAGCUGGCCAGAUCGAGCCAGAGACUGAGGCCAUACUUCUUGAACAUAAUGUGGAGUCGGAUGACUUUCCAGAAGAGGUGCUGACAUGUCUACCUGCCUCCCCAUGGGUUAUUCCAGAAUCUGAAUUUGAAUAUCGGAACGAUUUACGGAGACAGUGUAUCUUCACAAUAGAUCCAGCAACUGCCAGAGAUCUGGAUGAUGCUGUGUCUAUAGAGGAACUUGAGAAUGGCUGCUUAAAAGUUGGGGUGCACAUAGCUGAUGUCAGCUUCUUCCUGGAGGAAGGAACACCUCUGGACAUAAAGGCAGCCAGCCGGGCAACCAGUGUGUACUUGGUCCAGAAAGUGGUACCAAUGUUGCCACGACUGCUUUGUGAGGAACUCUGCAGCUUGAACCCAGACCAGGACAGGCUGACCUUUUCUGUCAUCUGGACAAUGGAUGCCAAUGGCGAGAUAGAAGAUGAAUGGUUUGGCAGGACUGUCAUCAGGUCCUGUGUGAAGCUGAGCUAUGAUCAUGCACAGGGGUUCAUAGAGAAUCCAGAUCGUGAGUGGAGCCAGGAAGAGUUACCUCCCAUCACCAAUGGGUUUGUGGUUGAAGACAUCCGGAAGCGAGUGCUGCAGCUUGAUAAGAUUGCCAAGUGCUUGCGGAAGAAGCGGUUUGACAGUGGUGCUCUGCGUCUGGACCAAGUGAAGCUGACUUUUUCCCUUGACAAGGAUUCUGGGAUGCCCAAUGGCUACUCUGUUUACGAGCAGAAAGAUAGCAACAGGUUGAUCGAGGAGUUCAUGCUAUUGGCUAAUAUGGCGGUGGCCCACAAGAUAAACGACAGCUACCCACAAAAGGCUGUGCUCCGACGCCACCCUCCACCACAGUCCAAGAUGGUGGAUGACCUGAAAGACCUGUGUGAGCAGCUGGGGUUGGCGGUCGACCUGUCCAACAGUCAGACAUGGCAGCAAUCUCUCAGCAGCUACCAAGGCACUGAUGAGUUCUCGGCAGCGAGAAUGCAGGUACUGGUGGCUCUCAGCUCUAAACCUAUGCAGAAUGCCAAGUAUUUCUGUAGUGGCAUGAUUGCCGACCCUGCGGUGUACCACCACUACGCACUCAACGUUCCGCUGUACACACACUUCACGUCCCCCAUCCGACGCUACGCAGACGUCCUGGUGCACCGACUGCUGGCCUCCUCUCUGAAGUACUGCCAAGAGACCAGCAAGGACCACCGUCUGCUGCACAAGCAGGCUGACCACUGUAACGACAAGAAGUACAUGUCCAAGAGGGUGCAGGAGAUGAGCUCCGACAUGUUCUUUGCUGCAUUUGUCAAGGAGGUUGGCCCCUUUGAAGAGCAGGCGAUGAUAAUGGGGGUGAUGGAUCAUUCCUUUGAUGUCUUCAUUCUCAAGUUUGGAGUCUCCAAGCGUAUCUACUGUGAUGUAAGUAGGCGCCAUAUUUCAGGCAGCUGGAACAUACAUGUCACCAGUGAUUGCAUUCUCUUCCUACAGAGGUUACUUGUCAUAUCUUCUACGAACAUCUGUUCUAAUACGUCCCUUUCAUGGUGUGGGUGUUCAGGAUUUGUGAUUGGUUGCAAUCAGAUUUAGUUGUGCAAUCAGUGACGUUGUUUCAAAAGUGAUCAUUCGCAAGGUCUUUGUAAUUUCUGUAUGCUUCGGGAAAACUAAAACCUCUUCCCCUGCACGAUGCUCAAACGUUUCUUAAAGACAGAACUCAGUCAUAUAAAUAGCGGAUCAAUGGCGUCUCCAUCGUGC